AAAUGCAUUGUACGACACAAUAAUUCUGCGUGUGUUGCGUGUCCCUUCACUGAUAUGGUCUAUUUUCUCGUUUCCGCAGUGAUCGUUGAUGAAGUUGUUGGUUGCUUCAUAUCAAUUGGCUGGGACUCGGACCGAGUCGUGCCAGCCUGUGCGCGCUCGGUACCGUGGCCCGUAAUUUCACCUCGUGCCACACUGCGACCAAUUGAAGGCCAUCAUAGCGGCCACUAUUUAUUACUGUGCAGCGAAGACUGUGUUCUGUCUAUAUUAAUUGCCUCCGACUCAGGUGCUUAUAUGCAUUCGCACUGAUCUGUCAGAGGAGCCACAUUUCUCCACUUUCUUCAGCUCUGGUGGUCGCAACUCUCGACGAUCCCUUGUAUCCCCAACUAAUCAACACCUUCUACAAGCAGCAUGAAUAGCUUCAAACGAGCGAGCGAUAUCAAUUCAGGGUUAACGUUGAUCAUCGGACCGGUCCUAGUCUGUGGACUGUUGAGCGUUGCGU